CCCGCUCCAUCGCCCCCACGCACCCGCUGCCGGCCAAAAGCCAAUUCGAAUCUCCCCGCUGCGCGGCGGGGCCUCUGCUUCCGCAAUGCGGGCCUCCGUCGAGGAGGCGGGCGCGCUCCUGGCGCGGAGCGACUCAGCCGGCCGCCGCCGCCGCUCCCCGCCGCCGGUGCAGACCGCGUCCCCGAGGCCCGGUAGCCUCAGGCGCCAGUCGUCGUCGUUCCGCGAGGACGUCGGGCACGCCGCCUCCGAGACUUACCUCGUCUCGCGCCUCACCUUCACCCUCCUCCAGUACCUCGGUCAACGGCGUGACGGAUUGCACGAUGCUACCCCCGCGCGGUGGUGAACUGGUGAUGGUUUCGAUGCUGGAGCGACGGCCGAAUGGACUUGCUAUUUUAGGGAAGUCGCUUACGAUUGGUGGUUCUACUCUAUCACAGUAAUCCUAUGUGGUUGCGUCUAGAAGGCAGCUUUCACAAACACAGAGAUUCAAAAUGGGGCUUACUCAGUAAUCCUAUGUGGUUGCGUCUAGAAGGCAGCUUUCACGAACACGGACAUACAAAAUGGGGCUUACUCUAGUUAAUAAGAUCUGCUGAUAGAUGACGCAAUUGCGUUUGGAACUUUCUCGACAAGGGUGGAUGGGAGUCUUGUGGGUGCAGACUGCACAGUGCUAGACGAUUCUGGGUUUCAUUUGCGUGCAGACUUUUUAUGCUGUUGAGUAGCACACCUCGUCUCUGUUUCCGUUCUGCUCUGAGAACUUUGAAAAGGAUGCGCAUGCUGAUGCAAUCAUGUCAUGCUAGUGUACAGUUGAUUGGUCAUGCCAUGCGCAGCCCACUCGCUUUUGACUCAACAGCUAACCAACCAAUCAUUAUUGAUUUUAUAUUUGAUAAAUGACGGCAAUGAGGUAGCCAUGUUCCUGAUGGCCUGUUUGAUACACAUAGCUAGGAGUAGCUAGCUACUAGCUGGAGCUAAAAAUGAGCUCACAUUAGCAAUGGUUGGCUAGCUAGUUGGUAAACUACUGUUAAAAAAUUAGCCUACCUAUUAGCUUUCCUGUUUGGAUGCAAUAGAGCUAAUUUUUAGCCAGACCUCGACUAGUGCGUGCAUCAAAACAGGUUCUUAAUCCGCCUGCUGAAUUUUGUGACGUAAUAUUUUACCAAUUUCUUUCUUUGGAAACUGCACUCUACAUCUUGUUUAGAAAAUUAUAUCUGUUGACUGUGCCAAUUAAACACAUGAAACUUGAGUCAGCCAAUAAGAAAACUAGAGUGGUACCUAGGUGCAGAAUUCUGAAAGAGAGAGCGGGGCCUACUUUAAACUACCGAUUUCUUUCUACUUAUGAGAUUUGCACUCGAAAGACAGAAGUGGAAAGUGACGGGGAGGAGAGUAGAAUAGAGGGUCUCAGAACUCACAAGUACAGUUUCAUAGAAUGGUAGGAACAUGUGCAAGGUCUUAUGGUACUAAUAAGAGUGUACAGAGUCAUUAUAGAAGUACGCAAGCUUCAACAUUGAAAGUGAUAGCACUACAUACAAGCCUUGCAUUUUCUAGUCUUUUCGAUGUCAUGUGCAUUGUAGUAGAGUCACACUAUGUGUACGUAAAAUUUCAUAUUUUUCUAGAUAUCAUACAUCAACAGUGUUCUCCCAUUUUGUUUGAAUGCUUUGAUAAAUAGCAUUAAUGUUGGUGUUUUGAUUUUUUUUACUAUUAUUCAGGUUAGGUUACCGAUGGAUGUCACAACUUCUUUCACUCACAAUCUAUGCAAUUGUACUUAUGCCAGGAUUUAUACAAGUUGGAUAUUACUAUUUCUUUUCGAGCCAAGUGCGUAGAAGUGUAGUCUAUGGAGACCAACCCAGAAACAGGUUGGAUCUAUACAUACCAGAAGAUAAUAGUAGGCCCUGUCCAGUGGUGGCCUUUGUGACUGGUGGAGCAUGGAUUAUUGGUUACAAGGCAUGGGGUGCUCUUCUAGGACGACGAUUGGCAGAGCGAGGAAUAAUAGUUGCUUGCAUUGAUUACAGAAAUUUCCCACAAGGUACAAUAGGGGACAUGGUUCAUGAUGCUUCUCAGGGGAUUUCUUUUGUGUGCAACAACAUCGCCAGCCAUGGAGGAGAUCCUAAUCAAAUUUAUGUCUGUAGGAUCUACUUGAUAGGUCAGUCAGCAGGUGCACAUAUUGCAGCGUGUGCCCUCAUGGAGCAAGCAGUAAAAGAAUCUGGUGGGAAUCCUGUUUCUUGGAGUCUUACCCAAAUCAAAGCAUACUUCGGUUUAUCUGGAGGAUACAAUAUGCAUAAUUUGGUUGACCAUUUCCACGAGCGUGGUCUUAAUCGCUCAAUAUUCCUCAGCAUAAUGGAAGGAGAGGAAUCAUUGUCACGUUAUUCUCCUGAAAUUGUUGCAAAGACGUCAAGUGCUGAAACCAUAGCUCUUCUGCCUCUUGUUGUUCUUAUGCAUGGAACUGAAGAUUAUUCAAUACCAUCAUCUUCCAGUCAAACUUUUGUUGACGUCCUCCAACAAGCUGGUGCUCAAGCAAGGUUACUAUUGUACGAAGGGAAAACACAUACAGAUAUCUUUGUACAGGACCCUCUAAGGGGUGGAAGAGAUCCAUUGGUUGAAGACGUGUUGUCUAUUAUUCAUGCUGAUGAUGCAAAUGCAUGUCAAAAGAUUGCUUUAGCACCAACUCCUAGGAGAUUAGUUUUCGAGUGGCAAUUAAAGUUGGCACGCAAAAUUAGUCCAUUCUAGCAGUAUGAACCAUGGAGAAGCUUGGAGCUAUGGAUUUUGCACCUUCAUGAGGAAAGGGUGCUCGUCUGCUCGGGGAGCCGUUGAGCUGGAUUGGAUCAGGCAAGUAAAAGGUUCUCGCGUCUUCUUUACUUGCACAACGUUGGUCAAUGUGAAACUUGUAGCUGGUACGCAAUACGAGAGGAAGAAGCUAAAUACACGACUGGGAAUGGAAACCACGUCAUCUUUUUUUUGCAAGGCUGUAUAUAAUGUUGCAUAUUAUAUUGUACAAAGGCUUGUACUACGUUUCUUGUGCCUCUAUUCUAAAAUGUAAGUUUUUUUUUUAAUUUUAGCCGAAAUCAAACUGACUAAAGGCUUGUUUCAAACUGACUAAAGGCUUGUUUGGAAGCACUCAGUUUUUAAGAAAUUAGUUUAUAAAAA